AUGGCUAUGGCAGCAAGAGGACGCAGUUCUAAACUGCCACCAGAGGUUAACCGAAUUCUUUACAUCAAAAAUCUACCUUACAAAAUCACGUCCAGCGAAAUGUAUGAGAUCUUCGGAAAAUUCGGCGCCAUACGACAGAUCCGGGUAGGCUCUACCAACGAAACCCGUGGUACAGCUUUUGUUGUUUACGAGGAUAUCUACGAUGCUAAGAACGCUUGCGAACACAUGAGUGGUUUCAAUGUUUCGAAUAGGUAUCUUGUCGUCCUUUACUACCAAGCCACAAAAGCAUACAAGAGGAUGGAUACAGAGAAGGUAACUAUAAAAUUCAUUUUGAGAUUUGCUUAUUCCGCCCUAAGGGCGACAUAUUGGGAAAGUAUUCGAAGUUGA